AUGAGGCUUUUUGCUGUAUCCACGGCUCUAUUGGCACUGACCAGUGUCAAUGCUCGUUCAUUGGCAAAUACAUCUUUCAAUCCCCUUGAUUAUAUCAACCCAUUGAUUGGAAGUGCCAACCAAGGCCAUGUAUUUGCUGGCGCUACAUUACCCUUUGGCAUGGUGAAGGCGGUUGCAGAUUCGGAUUCGGAUUCUGCGGGUGGUUUUGCCUCUGAUGCUGGAAAUAUCAUUGGGUUCUCGCAAUUGCAUGAUUCUGGUACUGGAGGGGCAAAUUCGCUAGGAAAUUUUCCCAUCUGGCCGCACCCGAACUGUACCGACGACGACAUAACGAGCUGCAAGUACAGCUCCGAUAACAGAAGGACCGGCUAUUUCAAUGAUUCAUUGGUUGCCACAGCCGGUUAUUUUGGCCUCACGCUCGACAAUGGGGUUCAGGCCGAGAUGACGGUGUCAAAUCAUACAGCAAUCUACCGGUUUACUUUCGACGCCGAUGUGUCUCUCAACUCGCCGGUCAUCUUGGUCGAUGUGAGUGACUUGGAAGGUGGCCGAGUGAAUGGAUCUGCUUCGGUUGAUUCUUCUUCUGGCCGCUUGACGGCCGCCGGGGUCUUCUCUCCGAGCUUUGGCGAUGGCAGCUACCCUACGUAUACUUGUAUCGACUUCCAAGGGGCGGAGGUACGCAACACAGGUAAUUUUGCCAACGAAGCCGUGGGAACAGGUAAUACAUCCAUCAGUAUUCCUGACCAGCAGUCGCUAGGUUCUGGGGGUGUCUGGACGCAAUUCAAGGCAUCUCAAAACAACACCAUCCUGGCGCGAGUAGGAAUGAGUUUCUUGAGUAUUGACAACGCUUGUCAAAACGCCGAGUCUGAAAUCCCUAACUUCGAUUUUGAUGCCACACGCAAGGCGGCCGAGCAGGCUUGGAAGAAGAAGUUGAGUGUCAUUUCCAUUGACCCAACCGGUGUAUCGACAGAAAGACAGAUACUCUUCUGGAGCAGUCUCUACCGAGGCUUCAUCAGCCCUCAAGAUUACACGGGUCAGAACCCAUUGUGGAACAGCUCUGAGCCGUACUAUGACAGCUUUUAUUGUAUCUGGGACUCUUUUCGCGCAGCCCAUCCGCUUCUCACUCUAGUUGAUCCUUUAUCCCAAUCAUACAUGGUUCGCAGCGUAGUCGACACCUAUCGUCACGAAGGAUUUCUUCCUGACUGUCGUAUGUCUUUCUGUAAAGGCUAUACCCAAGGUGGCUCUAAUGCCGACGUGCUCAUCGUGGACGCCUAUUUGAAAGGGGUUCCCGGUAUUGACUGGGACACGGCAUACGAGGCAAUGGUAAAUGAUGCGGAGAACGAGCCGACAGACUUCACCAUCGAAGGCAGAGGAAAUUUGACGCAAUGGAAAGAUCUUGGUUACAUUCCUACGCAUGAUCCAGCCAGCCCGACACCAGGUAACGCUGCAUUAUAUACGCGGAGCAUCUCGAGAACUGUCGAGUACGCCUAUAACGACUUUUGUAUUUCCGUCAUGGCCAACAAAACCGGGAAGCAAAACGAUUAUGAGAAAUAUACAGGUCGUGCAAAGAACUGGAAAAACAUGUUUAAUAGCGAUCAAACUUCAAAAGUCCAAGGAUAUGACACUGGCUUCACUGGCUUUCUACAGCCCAAGUAUGAGAACGGAACCUGGGCCGAACAAGAUCCAGCCUUUUGCUCCCCGAUAAGCAACCCUGACAGCUGUUACUUCGGUAAUACCAACUAUGAGACCUACGAGGGCAGCGUGUGGAUGUAUACAUUUUACGCGCCACAUGACAUGGGUGAUUUAAUUACUACUUUGGGGGGCAGAGAAGCCUUUACCAAUCGACUUUCCUUUCUGCAUUUUUCUAAUCUUGCAAAUAUCGGAGAUGAACAAGCCUUCUUGCCUGUCUACCAGUUCCACUACGCCGGCCGUCCUAGUUUGUCGACACAGCGAGCUCGCGCCUAUAUAGCGACAUCAUUCAACACUACUGUUUCUGGAAUCCCAGGAAACGAUGAUUCAGGAGCAAUGGGUUCUUUCGCCGUCUUGACGAUGCUCGGCAUUUGGCCUGUGCCGGGGCAAGACGUUUACCUUCUCAACCCUCCUUUAUUUAGUGAAGUUUCUAUCACUAAUCCGUUGACUGGGAAGACUGCAACAAUUCGUAACAAAAACUUUGACCCAUCCAGCUAUUCAUCGAACAUCUACGUUCAGAGCGCCACCAGGGACGGUAAAGCUUGGUCGAAGAAUUGGAUUACCCAUGACUUUUUUACCGAGGGAGGUGUUCUGGAACUGACUCUAGGAAAUAGUGAGAGUAAGUGGGGGACAGGAACGGAUGACUUGCCUCCAAGUUUGUCAGACUAUGACUUUUAA